AUGACAACUGAAAGUACUCCACUCCUCAAUCUCAACGUUAUGAAGAUCCAUUCACGAGAAUCGUUGAAGGACAAGGCAUCUGUUAUUGUCUUGAAUGCUGGUCUGUUGUUAUUUAUCGGUCUCGUUGUUUCCGUGUUGGUUCGCCUUCCAUUCAACCUCUUCACGUACCACCCCAUAUUUAUGAUAUUGUUUGUUACAUGCUGUACCGAAGGAAUUGCAUUGCUACAAUCAACACGAACAACGCAAGAAAAGAAGCGAGGCUUACGACACCAUGCUAUCGUCCAAGUGGUUGGAUACAUUAGCGCCAUCAUCGGCUUUACAGCGAUCGUUUAUAACAAAGUAGUGUCCGAUAAAGAGCACUUUACAUCGUUGCAUGGACAACUCGGACUCGCUUUGUUUUGCUACCUCUUUUGUCAAAGCUUAUUUGGUCUAUUGAUCGCCUACACGCCAUCCCUCAUCUUUGGAAAUGUCGCUACAGCUAAACGACUAUGGAAAUUCCAUCGUAUGACAGGCUACAUCCUCUUGGUUCUCGUCUGGUUGACGGCGCAGCUUGGAGUUCGAGCCGAUUACAUGAUCAGCAACUUAUGGUCGGAAAAGCUCAUGUGGUUACAUUGGGUUGCUUUGCUCUUCGUCAUCGUUGGUAUUGUAGCACGAAUUCGUCUAUGGAAAUGGGGUAUCACCUCCCCACCACAACUAUGA